UGAAGACGCAGUUAAAUAUUAUGUUAGAUACGUGGGGAAGGUUUGCUUCUCCAAAUAACCAGCUGACGACUGGCUCUUCCCCUCCAGCUGGUGCCGUAGGUGUCUCUCCCAUACUGUUCUGGAAAAACAGCUUUGGUCCAGAGGACUCCUCCACUAGUGAGGGAACCUGUGCCCACUCCUUAAGUCAUAAAGGGUGUGACAACCACAAGUCUAACCCUAGAUUUCAAGGUGCUUGGGCCCUGUUAUGCCUACCUGGCAUGGUGCCCACACACAGCAUUUUUCCUUUGUUGCUACUUACACACAACAGUCCAACUCGAUCUGACCAUUACCAGAACCACCACCCUCUAGGCCCACCGGAUUUUCUCAAUGAGCUAGCCUCAUCACCUGUGAAGCGUGGAGGGACAGCUCUGUUCCAUUUUUGGUGAGACACAAGGCUCAGGCCAGUAUGUUUUUCUUUCUAAAAAAAAAAAAAACAUUCUUGAAAGCUGGUUUCUCCACCAUUAUUCCCUGAGUUACAUUUUCUUGCAUUGUUCUGCUUCUCUGACCAAUUUAUUGGGCAAGACAAAAACUUGACCCUGUGAUAGUCCUGAGUGUGUCAAACCUUGAGAACAUACAGAAGAGUCUGAAAAUGCCUCACACAUUUAGAGACAGUUAUCAGGUAGAAAGAAGAUUAGAAUUGUUCCCUCUGGCCUAAUGAUAGAGUUAGUAUUAGAAUUGUGUUGGCAUUAUGAAGUAUUAAAUUGUAGCUCAAUGAAAGGAACAAUAUCCUAAAGACCAGACAUGUCCAAAAAUAAAAUAUUUUGGAAGCAAUAUGGUCACUCUUAUCAGAGGUGUUCAUUCAUUGGCCAGUGUCUGCACCAGAAGCCCAGGUGAGCCAGACGGAUGCCUGCCUUCGUGAAGCUUACAGAUAAUAAACGGGCAAAAGAAAUGGCUUCCAGAUUGUGAGAGGUGUAAACAGGCUGACAGCACCUGAAGGGUGCUGUAAAGACGUUCCGAGCAUCAGGCUUGUCUGUAACUCGAAGUGAGGCCUCUUCCAAUACAGAGACUCUGUGAUGAUGUGACCAUCCUCACAUCUGGGGCAGGAGGUGAGAAGUUUACGGCUUUCUCUAAUUUGGGUUAUGUCCUCAGAAGUUCACUGGACUGAAAAAGCUUUUCCAGAACUCCAGUGGUAGGGUAGGAGCAGCUGCCAGCUGUGAGGGAUAAGUGGAUCUUCAAAGAAACAGAUUUACUGAAACAUUUGCAGAGCCAUCCCUGCAGGCCACUCAGAUGAAGCUGAAAAGAGCUCGCCUGGCGGACGAUCUGAACGAGAAGAUCGCACAGCGCCCCGGCCCCAUGGAGCUGGUGGAGAAGAACAUCCUGCCUGUGGACUCCAGUGUUAAGGAAGCGAUUAUAGGUGUUGGGAAAGAAGACUAUCCACAGACUCAGGGCGAUUUCUCAUUUGAUGAAGACAGCAGUGAUGCUUUAUCUCCAGACCAGCCUGCCAGCCAGGAGUCGCAAGGGUCAGCCGCGUCCCCCAGUGAGCCCAAAAUCAGUGAGUCGCCGUCUCCUGUGACCACGAACACUCCAGCCCAGUUUACUUCAGUGUCUCCAGCAGUUCCUGAAUUCUUGAAAAGUCCUGCCACUACGGAUCAGCCUCCCACAAGACCCACAGCUCCCGUGCUCCCCACAAACUCUGCAUCCUCAGCGAAGCCUGGGCCAGCGCUGGUAAAGCAAAGCCAUCCCAAGAAUCCGAACGACAAGCACCGUAGCAAAAAGUGCAAAGACCCCAAACCAAGGGUAAAGAAGCUGAAGUACCACCAGUACAUUCCUCCAGACCAGAAAGGCGAGAAGAGCGAGCCGCCCCUGGACUCCAACUACGCCCGCCUGCUGCAGCAGCAGCAGCUGUUCCUGCAGCUGCAGAUCCUGAGCCAGCAGCAGCAGCACUACAACUACCAGACCAUCCUGCCGGCGCCGCUCAAGCCACUCAAUGACAAAAAUAACAACAGUGGGAAUUCCGCUUUGAACAAUACCACACCUAAUACUCCACGACAGAAUACAUCUACUCCUGUGAGAAAGCCAGGACCUCUGCCUUCUAGCUUGGAUGACUUAAAGGUGUCAGAACUGAAGACAGAACUGAAGUUAAGGGGUCUUCCAGUGUCAGGCACCAAACCGAACCUUAUCGAACGCCUGAAACCCUACCAGGAAAUGAACAGCAGCGGGGUUGCUGCCGACGGCAUCGUGGCGGUGUCAGCAUCCGCCAUCGUCACCAGCAACCCAGAAGUCACCGUGGCGUUGCCGGUUACCACACUGCAUAACUCUGUGACUAGCUCAGCCCCCACUUUCAAGGCAGAAUUGCCAUCUGCUGGGACCAGCAACGUCGCCCAUGCUGACAACGUUACUUCGCCUCUGCCGAUCUCACCGUCGCCGUCCGAACAGUCCAGUCUCAGUACCGAGGACACAAACAUGGCAGACACUUUCACCGAGAUUAUGACCAUGAUGUCUCCUUCACAGUUCUUGUGCUCCUCUCCUUUGCGAGUGACAAGUAAUGAAGACAGCCUAAGCCCCACCAGCAGCACGCUGUCCAGUCUGGAACUGGAUGCAGCUGAGAAGGAUCGAAAGCUUCAGGAGAAAGAGAAGCAGAUCGAAGAGCUGAAGAGGAAACUGGAACAAGAGCAGAAGCUCGUGGAGGUUCUCAAAAUGCAGCUCGAGGCUGAGAAGCGAGGGCAGCAGCUGCCGCGGCCGCGGGAGCCCCAGCCCAGUGCCCCGGCUGACCCCGUCACUGAGGCAGAGCAGAAGCUUGGCGUGGCUGGCGCCGUCAAGGACGAGGGCACGCUGGCCGACUGCUCCGGCUCCAGGCAGCCCGGCCCGGGGGCCGGCCCCUCUGUGGGCCAGGCCGUCUCGACGGGUGGCCAGAGCCUGGUUGCCAAGAAGGCCGUAGUGAUCAAGCAGGAGGUGCCCGUGGCCUCGGUCGAGCCGCAGGGCGGCGUCCCGCAGUUCUACCUGAGCUCCCAGGGACAGCCACCAGCCGCCGUUGUCGCUCAGCCGCAGGCUCUGCUGACCACACAGACGGCUCAGCUGCUGCUCCCGGUGUCUAUCCAGGGUUCCAGCGUCGCCUCGGUGCAGCUCCCAGUGGGCGGCCUCAAGCUCCAGACUCCAGCACAAGCAGGAAUCCAGACACAGCCACAGAUAGCAGCAGCAGCCUUGUCCUCGGGCGUGGCCCAGACUGUUCCUCAGAAGCAAGGCCCUUUCGUGCCGCAGGUGCUUGGUCAGCCACAGGUCAGAAAGGUUUUCGCCAACCCGGCACCCAGUGCAGCUCUUCCGUACCAGAGACCGCCCGCCCCAGCCGUCCAGCGGACCUUCAUUAACAAGACGCCAGGCGGCGUUCCCCAGCCCCGAAGUGCACCCCUCCCAUCCCUGCAGAACGGACCGAGCCCCCCCAGCAAGCCUAGUUCGCCCCCCGCGCCCCAGCAGUUUGUCAUCCAGCACUCUCUGUUUGGGAGCCCCGUCCCCAAGACGAAAGACCCUCCCCGCUAUGAAGAGGCCAUCAAGCAGACGCGAAGCGCCCAGCCCUCCUGCCCAGAGUCCCGUGUGGCAGGUACUCAGGGAAACGGGAGAGAUGCGGCCGGAGCACCCCCGCCGUGUGAGCGCGCCUCACCCGCCCCUCUGUCACAGGUGUCCAGCGCGCACAGCCAGCAGAUGGACGACCUCUUCGACAUCCUCAUUAAGAGCGGAGAGAUUUCCCUCCCUAUAAAGGAAGAGCCUUCUCCUAUUUCCAAAAUGAGACCAGUGACAGCCAGCAUCACCACAAUGCCAGUCAACACCGUGGUGUCCCGGCCACCACCCCAAGUCCAAAUGGCACCACCCAUGUCCUUAGAACCUAUGAGCAGUUUAUGUGCCAGCUUAGAGAACCAGCUAGAAGCUUUCCUGGAUGGAACUCUACCUUCAGCCAGUGAGAUCCCUCCACUGCAGAGCAGCAGUGCGGACAGAGAGCCCUUCCCGCUGGCGGACGACCUCCAGGACGACCUGCUGAGUCACUCCGGCGCGCUGGACCGUUCUCACUCGCCCAUGGAAACGACCGAGGCCCAGUUCGCCGCGAGCACGCCCUGUCUGUCACUCGACCUCUCCGACGCGCACCUGGACAACAUGGAGUGGCUGGACCUCACCGUGCCCAGCGCGGCGGGGCUCGCGCCUCUCGGCACCGCCGCCCCGGGUAUGUUCUCUGCGGACUUUCUGGACCCCCAGGACCUGCCGCUGCCAUGGGACUAGUGUGGACUCCCCGUCUCAGAGGUCACGGGGCUCAGGGAGAUAAAGAUGAUUCUGAAAGGUCACUUUUUAGAGACAGAGCCACAGCUGCAUUGUCGCAAUUAAAAUAUGUUCUCACAGAAAGGACAGAUAGGUGGUCACAGCCCGGAAACCAAGCUUGGCAGCAUUUCACUGCAUCCAGCAGUGAAUGUCCGCAGUUGAGUGCGGCACAGGGCCUUCUGCAAACUCACUCCUCAAAGACAACGCAUCUGUUUCUCCAGACUUCAGCAACGAACGGAUUGUGUCUUAGGUGAAAACAAAGAAGGCCGUGUGCGCAGGGUAAGACAGGAUUCUCUGGUGUCAGCCACACACACACCCGUGGCCACGCUAAGGCCCUGAACAAGAGGGGGACAGGUCCACUCAGAAAAGAACGCCGGUGACAGGGAGGUGAGAGGCCACCACACACAGAUUUCCCACACUCAGCCUGAGCACAGCCCAGGACGCCGUGGGGUCAGAGGCAGCGGCGCCAGCCAGGCGACGGCUUCCGGCUGACGGCUUUGGUUCCAUUCAGAAACCAGUGUAAUUUUUUCCUCUUGUAGUUUAUUUUGUGAUUUUUGAAAUCUUAGAUUUCCAAAUUGAAAUGGAAGCUCUUUCAGCAUAACCAGACAAUGUCUAGAAAAUGCUGUCAUAAACAAUCCACUGAUAACACUGAAAAUUCUAUGAGCAGCCCCCUGGGUUGAUUAGAUCGAUUUAAUGUAUAAACUAGAUAUUUGUACGCACACUCGGAAGUUGUGGUUUGUCCAGCCUGCGUUGGGUAAGGAAUUGGGUAUCCGUCCAGCAGCCCUACUUCUUUAACAACUCGACUGUUUCUCGAGUACUUGAGCCACGCGUGUCUCCAUGUUUAAAGAACCGCUGACUGACUUUCAGGUAACCAGACGCAUCUCAAAGAACCAAGAAAAGGCUUCAGUGUAAAACAUCUUUCUGAGCUGGUGAGCUGCAGAAUGGAAACCAGGGAGAAGUGUUUCUUCCGCAGGAUGCUCCCGCACGGUUACAGGCUAGACUGUCACCAGGGCGGCCUCCAGUCCCCAGCUCCGUUCUGGCUGUCCUCUCCUCUGUCGCUGAUCCCGGUCAUCGUUUUACAGGCUUGUAACUGGAUGCAGUACCCAAGCUCUUGCUAAUUAUCAAGCCGGAGAUUGAAAAACUGGAGGUUUAUUAGUUUUUAUAUAGACUAAAAGUUAUCAAAUAUUUGUUGAGUAGUUUCUUAAGAAUUUUCUAAAAUGCCAACUAUCACAAGAUUUCCAAGAUGAUUUCUAGCUCAUCGUUUAAAUACAUGACAAAAUGUACAUAACUGAAAAAACCUGAAAUCUACCAAAAAGUGUGGAGGUUUUUAUUAAAUAACAUUAUUGUGCUUUCCACCUCACUUGUGUAAACCCUAGGACCAGGCUGCUUUCUCCAGGUCAUUAAACGGUGACUUCCCACAGUGACAUGCAAGAGGCAGCCUGACCCAUUAUUCAAGAAGAAUUGUGAAUCAUUUCUGGGUUUGUGUUCUGCCUAAGAGCUGAUCUUACUUCAAAUUUUUAUUGCCGCUUGUAAAUUUCACUACAGGUAAGAAAAGACCGUUUUUCCAGAAUUCGGUUGCUGAACACUGGGGCCCCUCUGCCAGCUGGCACGUCCAUGUCCCGAUGUGAAAGCCUCUGCUGGUCCAGGGCAGAGACAGGUACCCUGUGUGCUCUGUGCUGAGUAGUUAGGUGCUUCGAGCUUGGUCGUCUGACCUUGGGAUCCAGUCACCCAUUACCCAGACCACUACCACCGGACCAAGCUCGGCAGGAGCCUUCGCCCUCGUGGGCGGAAUGUGCAUCCUGGCGUCAGCUCCUUUCAGAAGGGCCCGUCCCCAAGGGGCAGGGCUGCUGCCUUAGGAAGGUGCUUUUCUCAAGGGAGGUCUUAGCGAUGGGUUUUUGUCUAGAGCUUAUCUGGUCCAUACCUGGACUCUGAGCAUCAUCUUCACUCAGAUUCACAUGGCUGCUUAGCGCCAAUAUCAGUGGGCCUGUAGGAGGCAAGUGAACAGCUAGUGAAUAACUUGGAUGCUUGCUGGAUAACCCUCUGCUUCCAUCUUUCCAAACUCUGUGCACAGGCCAUUUGCUAGCCCUCAACUCCCCUUACUGCUUUUUUAAAUUAGAGUUUAGAAGCUGCCACAGGCAGGCCGUUCUCCAACACACACCUCAGCGCAGAAAAUGCCCCUCAUCAGCCUGCUCUUUGACUGUGUUGCUGACAUGCCCACUUCAUGUGUGUUCAAACUUUUAUGUGGUAGCAUCUCCUUAAAAGGCAGAGUCUCUGGUUUCCAAGUCAACCAGCACCCACUCGCACUGGUCCGCUGGGCAGCAGGCUGGGCAUCUGUGCCACUCUCCAGGGUCCUGGCUACAUGCUCCAGGUCAGACAGAGGACGCAGACCAGGUGUAGCCUGUGACGUGACCAAGGUGACAUGGUAACCAAGGCCCCUCUGACCUGACUCGGUGUGCUUCGCGGUAACUGCAGUGGGAACGGUGUUUACUAAGAGGAUGACUGCUGUCGGUGGCAGUGAGCCUCGUGGACUUUCAAGCCCAGGCCAGAACAGUGGCUGGGCUGUCGGUGCACGUGCGUGUGGUUUAGAGGCGGCUGUUGUACGCCAUCGUGCAGGAUAGCGUGUUGCCAACUUCUAGAAGCGUGUCAUCUCACAACCAGCCUCACUUCCCUAACUACUCCCGAAGCACAGUAGUCUGCAGCUCACGCUCCUCGUAGACGUAGGUAUCCGGUCAGACCUCUGGGGCGGGGGGCGGGGGGGGACAGAAAGUUACUCCAAAGCUUCUACGAAGUCUGUGAGAGUCCAGGGUAUGUGGUCAGCUUGUACAUUUCAGCAAAGCGCGUGCUAGCAAACCCCUGCACAGGCUCGUGGUCCCCUUCUAGUUCUUCCUGAAAUGUGAGGUCCACUGUCCAGCGCCCGCCACUCAGCUGUACAUAGACGUGCUCUGGAUCUGUGAGGUUUCUUGCUCAGAUACUAUUUGUGUUUGUUUUAUAUGAAUAUUUUUAUAAUACUAAAGAGAUCUUAUUUAAACUUCCUUUCAAACUGCACGGCCCUGUGACCCGCGUGAGUGACACUUCCGUAAGUGCUGUUAAGGGUGGUGGCAAAGGCGGUCUGCUGCUGCCUCCAAGUUGCCACCUGUUGCAACGAAGUCGCAUAAUCAGACAGCGCCAGCGAACUGUGCGGUCGGCGGACACCGAGUGCUGUGUGAGGAGCAUGUCACCCAUUCUGUCACCAAAGCUGACGCAGGCUUCCUCUCCCUUCAACCCCAGAUCAUUCCAGGCCCCAGGGCUUCAGAGCCCUUUCAGAAUUCCCAGGCCGAAACCGGCCAGCACAGCUGACAAAACUGCUGUCCCCACAAGUGGUUGGGACAGUCCCUUUACGUCUACAAACAGACCCGGCCUUGGAGAAGCGGUCAGGCGCUGUGGCAGGGUCGGUGCACCCGCACCCGAGCUGCGGUCAGCCGGGGGAGCGCGCGGCACCACCGGGGGCUCAAGAGCGUUAGGGAGAGCAGUUGUGGGUGUCCACCAGCACACGGGUCCCUCAUCCACAUUCGCAGACAGCCCUACGUCUUCGCCUUCCGUCACUGCAAACGAGAGCCCUGGCUACAGGCAGUAAUGCAGCAGAACACCAGACCGCCCGCUGCCUAGAGGCCACAGAAUUCGCCCAGAUUAUCGAAAAACAUUAACUGGAAGGUCAGGUUUAUCUCGGAACACCGCUGGAGUGCAGCCGUGUAUCUGGAGAGCAUCCUAACUGCGUUUCAGCGCUUUUAAGUGGCUUCAGUCAAAACUGGAAAAUCACAUUUCAGAUGUAGUAAUUCUUUUUCAAACUUUCGAUCUCUUGCUCAGCGGUCUUUCCGGGCUCCAUUGUUAUGUGUGAGGUGGCCGUCUGCAUGGCAAUGAGCGGGUCUGUGUGUUUUCCCCGUUCGCCCUUUCUUCAGUGUUUGAGGAAAAUAUCCUUGCGAGGGGUUUCUACCAGAAAUCUUUGGUUUGAGGCCUGUAGUUCAAAAAGCUGCACAUGUUUACAGAAGCUCUCUUACCCUCCACGCAAACACACUGCUCUGUGAAUCAUUACUGAAAAAUGUCACCAUUUUGUGACAACAGGAUGGCAUCUCAGAUCUACAAGGUGCUGUCUGGAGUCAGAUAAAACCUGUCAUUGGUGGUAUCGACGCUGCUGUCGUGUUUAACAGAGCUUUGUGCCAACACUAAGACAAAGCUUUAACAAAGGUCACAGACUCACUGAGACUCGUACCAAUUACCUCUAUGUUACGCUCUAAGAAAACUUGCUGAUUUGGUCGGAGGAGGAAGCAUUUGGGAAAGGGUUUAGUAUCUACCCAAAGUACUUAACCUCAAGUAACCAGUAGUAAUGCAAACUCGCUUUAAAGGAACCAAAGGCAUUGCCAAGUAUUUGCCAAAAGGAGGCACUUUUUAUUUAAAAUUUGAGACUAACGAGAUCUCAAAAAUCAGUCCCACAAAGGUAUUAUCCAUUUUAGGUUAUAAUUUUCACAAAGAUGUAGAUAUUUCUCUAUUGUUUUGAUGUAAAAGAGUAUAUAGAUUUGUUUUGCUGGUUUAGGAAUAGUACAUAUUUCGUAGCUAAUACAAAGUUUUUUCCUUGCCACGUACAAGUCAGUUUUCCUCUCCUGCCUGCAACAGAAAUGCAGCGUGAUCGGUGUUUCUCUUCUCAUUUUCAUCGUCGCAUUAUGUCCUAGCAUCUCACUUUAUGAAAAAAAGGAGAAAGAUACCAAUCUACAGAGCCCUGCUUAGUAAAGCACCCGUUUAAGAAAAAAAAUUAUGGCAAUCGGGGGUCCAUUCAUGUAUUGCCUUUAUGUUGUUUUUUAAAAGAAAACCAUGAUGCCUUUGUAUUUGCUGUUUGCACCCCUGAAAUCAAUUCCAUGCCACGUUGAACGCCGUCCAUUUUGCACAUGUACUGUACAUAGGUAAUGCAUACUGUAUUUUUAUAUGUGUGCACAUUUAUCAUCAGAUCUUUUGUACAUAGUGGCAGUAUUGUAGCUGAUCGGAAAAUGUUUGAUAUCUCAGCAAUUUUGCAUUUUUGUGUCUCAAAUAAAAAACAUUUUGAUGUA